AUGGAGAAAGGGAUUAAAUGCCUGCUGGACCAGCUUUGUCAGCCGGCAUCUUCUGCUGCACAGCAAGAACUGGUAAAUCCGGGCGUUCCCGGUUUGGACUUCUGUUCUCAUUGCGUGGUGGAAAUGGGUCCUCUCUGUGACUGCGAGCACAGCUUGCCUGGGAGGAAAAUGAGGAUAAAAUGUGGCACAAAAUCAUUAUCAUCUGUUCAAGUCAGGCACACAACAAAUAAAGUCUCACCAGAUCUACAGUGCAGCAGAGAAAGAAGCACAUUUGGUGUUCCUCUGGAAACCCUCAUACAGGACGCAACGGAAUGUGGAGUUCCUUUUCUUGUGACACAGAUGGUGGAGUACCUAGAAAUGUUUGGUCUGGAGCGUGUUGGUAUAUUUCGAAUCAGCGGCUCAGUAACUAAAAUCAAGGAAUUGAAGCAGAAGUACAAUCAAGGAGAAAAAGUAGACCUUAUUAAUGAUGGAGAUGUUGAUUCUGUGGCUAGUCUCCUGAAACUCUUCCUGAAAGAACUGCCAGUGGCUGUUUUUCCAGACAACAUCUGUUCUGGCUUGCUAAAAACUUUCCAAGAGCACAAAGUCCACACAACAGAAUGCAUAGAGAACUUCAGACAGUUGCUCAGCUGCCUGCCCAAAGCCCAUCAAAACCUUCUUCAGUUCCUGUCUGCUUUCCUGUUAAAGGUGGCAACGUACAGUGCAGUGAAUUUCAUGACUCUGGAAAACCUAGCCAUUGUGUUUGGACCUGUUCUUUUCAAGAUCCCUGUCAGUCCCUUGGCUUGUGAAGAACAAAGGCUUUACAAUGGCCUCCUGCUGUAUUUGCUUCAAGAUCAUGAGAUGCUUUUUGUUGACCUGAACGCUUGUGUUUCACAGAGACAAGCAGAUGGCCUUCAGUCUGCUCUAGGAGAGAAUACUGUCAAGAGACACUGUGCUGUGUGACAUGAAGCACACCGUCAGC